AUGCGUGCGGCCUGCGAAGACUACGGCUUCUUGUAUGUGGCCAACCAUGGGGUGAGCCAGGAACUGGUGGAUGAGCAGUUCCAGGCCAGCAAGCAGUUCUUCGCGCAGACCCUGGAAGCCAAACUCAAACUCAAGGCGGACCGGGGCAACCGAGGCUACUUCCCCUUUGGCACGGGCAGCGCCAAGAAUCCCUUCUCCCAGGAAGACCGCAAGGAAGCCUUCAACGCAUACGGCUUUGAGACCGAGGAUGAGGAUGAGCCUUUCCACGGGCGCAACAAGUGGCCAGACGAGGUCGACCUGCCGGGCUUCAGGUGCACCAUGGAUCGCUACUACGGCAACAUGCACUCAGUUGCGCAGCGGGUGCUACGGCUGCUGGCAUUGGCGCUCAACCUGCCGGCCGGCUAUUUUGACGAGCGCUUCAGCCGCCCGGUGGCCAACAUCCGCGCAGUGCACUACAUCGCAGGCCAGCCCUCCAAUGCAGAGCAGGGCAUCUUUGGCGUCGGGCCGCACACGGACUGGGGAGCGCUGACGAUUCUGGCGACUGACAACGAGCGCGGCCUGCAGAUCUGCCUCGGCAGCACCUGGAUCGAUGUCGACCCGCGGCCCGGCAUGUUCGUGGUCAACCUGGGAGACAUGGUGGACAGGUGGACAAAUGGGCGUUUCAGGUCGACGCUGCACCGCGUUGUCAACACAUCCGAGCGCUUCUCGACCCCCUUCUUCCUGGCUGCCAACUGGGAUGCUGAGCUGGCAGUCCUGCCCAGCUGUCAGGUGGCAGGGCAGCCUGUUCAGGCGGCGCCGGCCAUGACCUGCGGCGCAUGGCUCACGAUGCGGCGUACUGCCGAGUACGAGAAAAAACGGCGCCUGGUCGAGGACGAGUCAGCACUGACUCAGCAGCUGCCGGCUCUUACCAGCCCCCAGAUUUGGGCCCAGUGA